AUGCGUUUUAAGAUGUUUGGUCCAUCAUCCUCCACCGUGGCUACUCCUCGCCAGAAAUCUCUGUUCUAUGAUGAAACCGAACUAGUUCCUCUCGCCAUUCUUCAUCCGUUGGAAAUUAUUCCAUUUGUCACUCCGCCAGAGUCCGGCAUCCAUGAAGAAGUUUUCUCUACUCCUCGGGGUUCUUCAAAUUCAGAUGAUUCUACCGUCCCUGCUCCGGUGUCUCUGCCCCCAGUAGACACUCCGGUCGAUGUAGGUACAUCACAACCCUCUCCUGGAAGUUCGCCUCGGAUUCCCCCAAACUUGAUGAAAUUUCCUAUCAUACCGGGUUUUCCCUCAUGGACCAAUCGGUUCCCGGUCUAUCCAGAAGGGAUGAAACAAAAAUCCCAAACUUGCAUUGAAACUGAAAUUCGGGCUCAAUCUAAGAAGCCGAAGAAGAAGAGGUCUGCCUCCUCGAGUGAUACUGCCUUCCAUCCAUCAGCUACUUAUGCUGCUCCUGAUGAGGCUGAAUCAUCUCAACCUUCCACUGAUCCUUUGCCAAAGAGGAAGAACCAGAAAAAAAAAAAAAAACCCCCCCAUCCUCCAGUCAAUUCUUGCAGGGUUACUAGGUCCAAGGCCAAGUCUCAGGCAAAAGCUCCAGAGACUCUCAAAAGAGAGAAAGAGAAGAAAUCCUCUGCUCCUAGCUCUGGUAAGGAUGAUACUAUUCUCUUUUAUUCUGAUUUGAAUAAAAAUGUCUGGAAGUCAGUUAUUAAAAGGAAGAUAUUCUCUGAGAGAUUACUGAAUGAGUCUAAAUUUGGAGAAUUAGGCGUUUUGGAACUUCUGAAAGAUCGGAGUUUACUUGGAACAGUCACUAAAAUAAAACCAUUUGUAAAUGAUGUCAUCUUAGAGUUCUAUGCAAAUUUGGUCAGUGGGGUUAAUGAUCAUAAAUCCCCAAUGUUUCAUAAGGUUUUUGUCAUAGGUCACUUGUUUCAUUUUUCACCGGCUAUUAUUAAUGACUUUUAUGGAAGUCAUAGAACGAUUGUGGAAUGUGAAGCAAGCUAUAAUCAGAUCAUAACUGAGUUAACUGGAAAUGUCCGCUGUAAUUGGCCAGCCUUAAAAUCUUUUCCCGCUGCUGAGUUAAGUUUGAAGUAUUCUGUUUUGCACAAGAUUGCAUUGAAGAACUGGAUGCCUAGUACACAUUCGACUGGUGUCAAUAAGCCUCUGGCCAAAUUGCUCUACAUGAUUGGUCUCUGCUUCUCCUUUGACAUUAGACAACUCAUUUAUGAUCAGAUAGUAAGUAAUGCUAAAGUUUUGUUCACUCAUCAGGUGCUCCCAUUUCCCUCUCUUAUUUAUGGUGUCCUGAUGUCUCAAAAUGAUAUUAAGAAGUCAGUAGAGGUGUUUGCCAAAUUACCAGGCGAACUUAGAAUUUCAAAGAAAUUUCACUCUGGGAAGCAUAUGGAUGAUGUUCAGGGGGAGUCUUUCUCAGUUUUUGAAGACGAGCUGCAGGAGGAUGCUACUCCUCAUGUCUCAACUGGUGUCACAUCUAGUUCCUCUCAACCGGCUGCUACUGUUCAAAAAACUCAAACCAUUCAGUACUUGCAGAAAGAAUUACAAGUUCUUGUUGCUUGUGAAAAGAGACUUUUACAGGAGCUCAAAGAAAUUGAUCAGCGCAAAAGGGAAACUGCAGCUCUACUUGAGGAUCUCCAGCCUUCUUCAGCUGCUGAUGGAGUUGGUACUUCUUCCUAG